AUGCACUCCACCAGCACAUGCGACCAAGCAGAGGAGGCCAGCCUGUUGGGCCAUGCCGACCAGCGCAACCGUAACUGCGUCGUCAGUGAUGAGUCCAAAGCCGUUCCGGUCUCUUUCCUUGCCUCGUCCGCUCUGCAUAUGACCGCUGCGUCGUCCGUAUGGGCUGUUGCAUCUCUGUUCUGUGAAGACGCAGACCACUGCCAGGGCGAAGAAACCCGCCGCUAUGCGGCCUCUGUGGCAACAGCAACUGCAUUGGCCAAUGCGGCAGGACUGCUCACUUUGGGAUACAUGAAGCGAGUGGUGCAUUGGGAUGUCCGAGUUGGUCUCGUCAUUUGGCUGCUCUGCCGCGCAGUCGGCGCCUUGGGCGUCGUUGUUGGAGCCUCGGAUAAUCUGCUGCAUUUCACAUUGAACGUCAUAUAUGUCCAGGCCACCUCCCCCGAGACCAUAUCCAUGCUGAUGGGUUCCUCCCUGGCCUGCUACAUGGUCGGCAUGGCCCUUGCGCCUCUUAGCGCCGGCUGGUUGCCCUCGGUGGAAUGGACAUUCUUCGUUGCCAUCGGUCUCUUUAUUAUAGCGAUCGUCUAUGUAUUGCUAGUUGUGUCUGGAACAGUGAGAGAGCCGCAAGUCCAUUCCGCCACCGCUUCGCUGUCCUCAGAGACAACGACAAUUCGAAAGGCCUGCACGAGUCGACUAGCUGAGAUCCUGUCGCCUGCGGGCUUUUUCUAUGAGUAUCCUGGCACGAUUCUAUUUGGCUUGUCCCUGUUGCUCUACAACAUGGUUCAGGGAUACAUGAUCAACCUGGUCUUCAUCUUCACCUCUCUCCAAUUCGGCUUUAGUCCAGCAAAUAAUGGAUCCCUUCUCUCCCUCAUCGCAGUCACCGCUGCAGGAUACCUCAUAUUCUCCUCCUUCGUUGUACCAAAAGUCCUCUCGUUGGCCGGUCGAACCCCCACGCGCCAAGACACACAACCUCGACUGUUCGAUCUAGGUGCCGCCGUACUCUCUAUACUGAGCCAGGUAGCUGCCGCAUUAUUUCUCUCUCAGUCGCAACAGGUGUACUUGGCGGCAUCAUUGCUUGCCGUAGGUUUGGCCACCCCUUCCUUUGUGAAAAGCUUUGUGGUUGUUCAGUUUGAGGCCAAGUCUAGGGUUGUCGCUGCGCUGGCGCUGAUGGAGACCACGGGGGGACUCUUGAGUCCGGUCGUAUUGGGUCCGUGGCAGGCGAAUCAUCCCGAUGGCUCGGCAUUCUAUGUAGCAGCAGUCAUCCUUGGUGUUUCUGUUUGCUGUUUGGUAGCGGGGGGUUGUGUGAGGCACUCGUGA